AUGCCGAAGCGCCGCGCUGGCUCCCAGAAAGGUUGGUACGCACGGCAGAGGAGAGCACUGGAGGAGCGAAUGAGACAGCUCACAAUCCAGGAGACGGUCCUGCUGCCGACAACUCAGCAGAUACAGGCACUGUUACAGAUGGCGUGUGAGAAUGCUUCCAACCCUUCCCCUGCCUCUCCUACUAGUAUAUUAAUUUCAUUAUUACUUCUUUUAAACCAGAUAAGUUCCAUGGAAGCCAGUAUCUUCUGGGCGUAUGUUCCUGAUCCCCCUCUUUUACAGCCCGUUGGAUGGGAAAUGAGUUCUGUUCCUGUGUAUGUGAAUGACACAAUACUUUUGGGGGGGUUUUCUGAUAAGCAUAUUUUUCCACAGAAUGCCAGUAUUUCUUAUACGGGAUCCUCUUCACAAUUACCAAUGUGUUUUUUCCGAAAUCAUAAUGUUUCAGGUUGUCUCACUGUUACAGAUGUUGGAUAUUCUGAUUACAGCACUGGCUGGAGUGUGGAUAUUCCUGGUGUGACCAAGCUCACAGGGCAUGCACAGAGACGCAGCGGGACGGGACCCCAGGAUAUCCCAUUCUGUGGCCUGGGGCAUAAAGGGACACAUAUAGCGGUGCCAUGGAAACUUUGUAGAGAUGAGACUGCUACUGUAUAUUCUAUUACUAAUGACACGCACUCACUGUGGGACUGGUCGCCAGACUCAGAGAGAAACCCCGGAAAGGAAAGUAACAGACAGUUUGCAGCGAGAAUUUGGAAUCUUGGCGGCACCCUUGUUUAUCAAACUGAGGUCUGGAAGUUGCUGGCCGCUUUUGAAACAAGCGGAUCCUUCAUGCAGACUGGAGAAAAGGUUAAAGGUGGACUUUUUUGGAAUGCAACCUGGAGAUAUCCUCGGGCUUGUGUGCCUUAUCCAUUUAUGAUUAUUGCUGGUUCUGUAAAUCUUACUAAGAAUAAUAGUCAAUAUUAUAUUCAUUGUUUUAAUUGUACCCUAACCAAUUGCAUUCGAGGAAUAAGAAAUAAUUCUGGAGUCUUAAUAGUUAAACAACCACCCUUUGUUAUGUUGCCUGUAAAUCUUACUGAGCCCUGGUAUGAAGAGUCUGGGCUUGAACUAUGGGAAAGAGUGCGCACAGCCCUUGCUAGGCCACGAAGGGGGAUAGGAUUAAUAAUUCUAGGAGUAGUAACGCUUAUAACUUUAAUUGCUUCUGCUGUUACUGCUUCUGUAUCUUUAGCUCAAUCUGUGCAUACUGCUAGCAUUGUAGAUGAUUUGGCAAAAAACACUUCCAAAGCUUUAGGGAUUCAAGAAGAUAUAGAUAGAAAAUUAGAGGAUAGACUAAAUGCGCUUUAUGAUGCAGUAAGAUUUUUGGGAGAAGAAGUGCAAGGGUUAAAGCUAAGAACAAAAAUUAGAUGUCAUGCUAACUAUCGUUGGAUUUGUGUUACACCAAAAAUUUAUAAUGAUACUGAAACUCCUUGGGACAGAGUGAAAUCACAUUUAGAUGGUAUUUGGCGUAAUGAAAACAUUUCCUUAGAUCUAUUACAACUUCAUCAGGAAAUUCUUGAUAUAGAAAAUGCUCCUCGGACUAGUAUGGAUUUGGCAGAAAAUGCUGAAGAGUUUGUUAACACUUUGUUUUCCAAUUUUCCUUCGAUAACCUCACUUUGGCAUCUUUUUUCAGGGGUCGUGGCCAUGCUUCUGGUAUUAGCGCUUUUUGUGUGCAUUACUCCUUGUAUCAUAAAGAAAUUUGUCAAAGAGCUGUGGGACAUCAAGGCUGUCCUACACAGUAAUUAUUUACGCCAAAAGAAUCAGGCGUGCCAUUUUAUUAAAUAA